AGAAAAAAUGUGAACGCUAUUGGCCGCUGGAUGAAGAACCUGUCCAGUAUGGACCAUUCGCUGUUAGCACGAUGGCGAAGGUCAUUGUGAAUCCAGAGGUGGUCUUUAGGAACCUAAAGGUGAUAUAUCAAGAGGAAGCCCGGGAAGUUGGUCACUUCCAGUAUAUCGCGUGGCCCGAUCGUGGGAUUCCAGACUCUUACUCCUGCUUCCUUGAGAUGAUCAGACUAGUGCGUCAACAUCAAGGACAGAACAGUACCCCGAUUUGUGUACACUGCAGUGCAGGAUGUGGACGGACCGGGGUGAUCUGUACAGUGGAGUACAUCCAAUGUUUACUAUACAAACAGAAUAUCCAAUAGCUAUAUGUAUUUGAAGUUGUGAUCAAAGUACACUAGAUGAGGCGCCAAAGACCGUCCGCU